UUCGCGUUCUGAUAACGGAGGCACGUAUCUUUGAUGCGAGCUGAGCGGACAACAGUUCAAGGUAUGUAACUUUAGCCUACAUAGAUUUAUUAUAUUUGCAAAAAAUCAUGUUUUCAGGAUCAUAGUGUUGUUAAGAUAUAUAACGGCAUUUCACAUGUCCUCCACGGGGGCUGCUGGCUAGCAAGCUUGCUAACGUUAGCCAAUGUCAGCUUUUGCUAGCUAGCUAUCUCACAAACUCACUCUGUGGCUGUGGGCGAACGGGAACUGUUAAGUCGGCAUGGACGAUUCUGACGACACCAUACUGUCGGUGUUCGAGGCUGCCAGUAUUGAUGAGGAGGCUUUGAAAAGCCUUAGCCGUGAUGACCUGAAGGAUCUUUUUCCUGGCCCUGAAAAUGUUCUCAGGAGAAAGAAGCUUUGGGAUUUCAUCAGUCAAACGUGUGAAAAUACUACUGACCAAGAUGCCAACACUUAGUGGAAGUGGGAUUAUACCCUCAACUAGUGCCGUGCCACCAUGGCAGCCUCGAGCCUCCACCCCCAUAUCCCAAACUGCUGACGAAACAGUGAAAAUGCCAGACCCACCAGAGUAUGUGGUGUACACAGAUUCAGAGUUAGAGAUGGUGCGCAGCCAGUACUUUUCAUUGCUCCGCAAUGGAAAGGGAAAGUAUUGCCAGAUGUCGAAGGAGCUAUGUUGCAGACUUAUAAGAAACACAAUCACCAGCAUGGUUGCGAUCCUGCAUGCUAGUCCCAUGGGGAAAGAAGUAAAAUACCCCUCCAAACUCGAAAUGAGAGUAAUGUCACAGAAGAUUGUUGACUAUACCCUGUGUUACGAGAUGCUGGCACAGAUAUGCCUUAUCUGACCAUCUACACCAAAAUGUACAAGCGACUCCAAAAUAUGAGGUCCCGAAGGAAGAGGCAGGGCUCCAUGCCACAAUGAGGGGCGGCAAAGAAGACUCUCUUUUGCUCAAACAACACAGACAAUGAGACAGAUGGUGACAGAAGUGGCGACACAAGCGGUUCAAGUGAUUACAACAUAAUUCUUGAGAGCAUUGAUGAGCUCAGCGAGGACAGUUUCAGUGCAGGAAAAGCGUCUCCACCGCCGCUACCGUGUGCCAAGGAAGCCACACAAUAGCACCCUGGCCUCACCGCUGCCAUCUGACUCAGCCUCAGACCCCUUGCCCAAGACUUUGACCACUCCACUAACUGCACCUGCAGAGGACGUUGUUGCCGACCAGGACAGUCUGAAGAUGCAGGCGAGGCACUACAAAACAUUGAGCAACAUGUACAAGAAGCCCAACGCAAAACCCAACCAAGGCGAUGUUGCCCAACUUUUGGACCUUGAGUUCGAGGCCAGGCGAGCUUUCAUUGAUGCAGAUGUUACAAAGGAAGAAGACCGAUCCACGAAAAUCUUUGAGGCAUAUCCAUGCUUCAAAGACACUCGAAAUGCAAUGGAUGAGCUACGUCGCAUACUUGGUGGCACCAACCGCAAAUACACAGAGGAAAUGAAGGGAAGGUGGGCAGACUUUUGUGCUAAGGUGCAGUUCUGUGGUGUGUGGAAGAAGGCCCUGAAACCCCCUUUCCCCUUGGAUCUGCGUGGAGUGGAUUUCACUAUCGCCCUCCUCAGUGCACUCCCAUCACUUUUCCUCUCACCAACUCCACCGCCAAAGCUUCUCGGAAAUGCCAGUGAGGCACUGCUCCAUAUCCUUAAGCCGGGCAAGGACUCUGGGCUAUACCUGGAGAAGCGGUUUCUCUCCUCUCCGGCGCUGCUUUUUGAUGGAACAAACAGCAUUGUCGCCGUGGGAAACAUGCCUGUGAGCACCCUCCCCCAGGAGGAAUUCUGGGAAGGAAUGUUGGUAUUGAUGGCAUACUACUACACUCUGCACUUAACAUACCCAAAAUGUGUUGCCACGGUCCUCUCUGUCAUUCAAACCGAGGUUAUUGGUGAUGCCAUCCAUGAUCAAGAUGCUACUAGCGCAUAUAAGAAAGCAACAGGUGAAUGGAAAUAAUUUGUUGAAAAAUAGGUGAAUGUCAAGCAACAUUUUGUCAGGACUGUUUGUUUUUGUUUGCAAUGUCUUUCAAUAACUUGUUUUGUGCCUGACUUGCCUAGCUACUCCACAAGUUUUCCCUCAGUGUCCUUAGGUUAUUUGCCAAAAUAACUCACCAGGGUUCCUUCAGAUCCAUAAAAGGUCUUACUUUUUACUUUCGAGAGGUCUCAAAUUUUAGAUGGGACUUUAACUGAGACAUAUUUGAAUACUUUAUUACACUGUCUAGUGUUAUACGAAUUUAAUUUAAGUUUUUGUGGAUUAUCUUGUUCACGUGACAUAAGCAAUUAUGGCAGCGUAUUACGUGUUUUGAUUGCUGUUUGUUUGCUGUGCAAAAGUGAUAUUCAUUUUUUUUAUUUUUUAUUUUAACUAUUAAAUCGUCUUAAAUUUGAUGUUAAAAAGUGUGCUGCAACGCUGACUCACUGUUACUGGUGUACAUGUUAUUAUAUGCUGUUAUUCUUGACAGUUUAAUAAAUGUUGACAGUACUCGACUUGCCAUGGUUGUGAUUCAGUAGAAUCAGUUAAGAUGUAUAUUCUAAGAAUAAGCACUGGUUUUAAGUUUUCGGUUUUAGUUUUAAUAUGGAUUUAGGUUUAUUUCAAGAUGAGCCAACUUGUAUCAAGAAACAGCUUAAUCAUACUUCACUAAUACUGAGUAAUAUUUUGCUUAAAUUAGUGAUUUUUUUUCUUCUUGUUCCGAAGCCUUAAUGGGCUAAAAUUAAGAAUACAAUUUUGUUUUAAAAUAAGAAUGAUUUGCUUAUAUUCAGUAUGUUUAACUUGUUGUGCUGUAGGAAGUUUAUUUUCAAGUAAUUUGAUCUAAUAAUCAGCCUUUUCUGCUUUUUUGAAUACUUAUCAGGGCCUUCUUAUUUCAAGAUUUCUUGUUAAGUGAAAUUAACUUGCUGCAUGGACAGAAUUUCUCUUGUUUUAAGUAAUUUCCUCCUCAAAUUUAGUGUUUUCUUAUAUUUUAGCUACCCUUAUUUGCAGUGAAUAACAUGGAAAAAUAAAUGAAUAAGGUAUCUACAAAGAACAGCAAUAAAUGAAAGUCAGCACAUUACAGCAUAGAUUACAUUGUGCCUUGCUGGGAAACAAUUGACUGAAAAGUAGCAUCAUAAUGCUUAAGAGUUGAUCAAAAUAAAAGGUAUAAUUAAGAAAAAACAGGUCCAUAUGAGAUAACUGAUAGAAACAGUUAGGUGAAAUAGUAUAAAAUAAUAAUAAUAAUUAUUAUACAAUAUUGAAUAUCUUUGUGUCAUGACUAAGAUAAGUGACAGGUAAAGGUGAAGGAAAAGAGAGUAAGUAGAGUGAUGCAAAGAGUGUGACCAAGGGCAAGGGACCCUGUGCUAUGGAGUCAGCUGCAAUAGUUACUAUAUUGAACCAUUGUUUAUAUAUUUUUGUUUAGUUCACUUUUAUGCCACAGUGUCAUCUACUGUAUACAGUGUAGAAAAGAAUGUAACAGAAGACAAUUAAAAACGAUCAACUUUACCUGGGAA